AUGAUUUCUUUCUUUCUCUUUAAAUUAUUCUUUGUUUUUUUUCUUUCAGCCCUGCUCACUGUUCUGUGUUCACAUUUCCUUCUUUUCAUCUUUUUUAUUCUAUCAAUUUUUAAUUUUCUUUCUUUCUUAUAUUUUCUCCUUCCAUACAUUCUUUCCUUCUUUCAUAUUGCAUUAUUAGUUCUUUUUUUUUUCUCUUCCUCAUUUAUCCAUUGCUUUUAUUGCUUUUUACCUCUUUGUUUUAGCUUUCCUUUAAGAUUUUUCUUUGUUUUUUUUUUUCUUUUUCUUGCCCUCUUCUUUCUUUCUUUCUUUCUUUCUUUCUUUCUUUCUUUCUUUCUUUCUUUCUUCCCACUUGAUUGUUUGCUUAUUUCUACUGGUCCACUUUAUUCCUUUCUUUCUUUUUCUUUUUUACUUACUUUCCCAUUUCUUGUUUAUUUGCUUCUACUAGCCAGAUUCUUUCUUUUUUUUUUCUUUCUUUCCUUUUAUUUGUUUGUUUCUAUUGGCCCACUUCUUUCUUUCUUUUUUCUUUCUUUCCUUCUUUCUUUCUUUCUUUUUCCAUGUUUGUUUGUUUCUUUCUUUCUUUCUCCUUGUUUGUUUGUUUCUACUGGCCCACUUCUUUCUUUCUUUCUUUCUUUCUUUCCCUUCCCUGAUUCUUUCUUUCUUUCUUUCUUUCUUUCUUCCUUUCUUUCUUUCCUUCCAUCCUUCCUUCCUUCCUUCCUUCCUUUUGCUUGCUUGUUUGCUUCUACUGGCUUAAUUAUUUCUUUCUUUCUUUCUUUCUUUCUUUCUUUCUUUCUUUCUUUCUUUCUUUCCCUUUGCUUGCUUGUUUGCUUCUACUGGCUUGAUUCUUUCUUUCUUUCUUUCUUUGGAGACUUCAUUAUUUUUCAUAAAUCUUCCUUUCAACAUUUUCAUUUCAUAUUUAUUUUCUUUUAA